AUACCCUCACUCAUCCUUGCACUCCACUUUCAUGCCAAAAAAGAGUCCCAGCACAGAGAGAAGAAUUCCUACGGAGAGAGAGGGGGUGGCAGAGAGAGAUAGCCUUAAAAAACAUCAUGCACACAACCAAACACCGGAGCUCCGGUCCGGAAUCAACAACCUCCAGAUCAUCAUCAACACCCGGUUGGAUCACCGAAUCGAUUAACGGUGGAUCACUCCGCCACGUGGACUUACACACUGGUGUUAACGGAUGGGCGUCACCACCAGGUGAUCUUUUCUCUCUACGUUCAAAAAAUUACUUCAUCAAAAAACAGAAAUCCCCCUCCGGCGACUACCUACUCUCACCCGCCGGUAUGGACUGGCUCAAAUCGAGCACAAAACUCGACAACGUACUCGCUCGUCCAGAUAAUCGCGUGGCAAACGCCUUAAAGAAAGCACAAUCCCAAAAUAAGUCCCUCAAGUCCUUCAUUUUUGCUAUCAACCUUCAAGUCCCCGGUAAAGACCAGCACAGCGCCGUUUUCUACUUCGCAUCGGAAGAUCCUCUACCGUCCGAUUCCCUCCUAUAUAGAUUCAUCAACGGCGAUGAUGCAUUUCGGAAUCAACGGUUCAAGAUCGUGAACCGGAUUGAAAAGGGUCCCUGGGUGGUGAAAAAAACGGUGGGAAAUUACAGCGCGUGUUUAUUAGGUAAAGCCUUAAAUAUUAAUUACCAUAGGGGUGGGAAUUAUUUCGAGAUUGAUGUUGAUGUUGGCAGCUCGAAAAUUGCUGCGGCAAUUUUGCAUCUCGCAUUGCGGUACACGGCACAUGUCACCAUCGAUAUGGGGUUUGUAGUGGAGGCGCAGACGGAGGAGGAGUUGCCGGAGAGGUUGAUUGGGGCAAUUAGGGUUUGUCAGAUGGAAAUGUCGACGGCGCGUGUUGUUGAUUCCCCGUCGACGGGUUUGGCGCGUGGGUCGGGGUUUGCUAAGGUGGAGCAUCAUUUGUCUGGCGAUGAAGAGGAGGAUUGAAGGGCUGGAGAUGGCUGGUAUUUCUUUUUUAAUUAUUUAGUUUUGGGAUUUGGGUUUUUUUAUUCCUAACAAACAAUAGGGAUUGGUGGUUGUUGUAGAUAAUAAUAAUUAAAAAAAUGGUUGAAAAUAACAAUGUUAAAAAAAUCCAAAAUAUAAAUAACCAAAAACAA